CAAGAAGCUGUCAGCAUGAUGUCAUGGAUGUGAUUGCUCUGACUGUGACUGUGAUUAUGAUGCAUUGCUGUUGCAGCCGGAAGGAGAUUGUGGGAAGCUGCAGUCAGAGCCGCUGGAAUAGAAUUGCUGACAUGUUUCUUUGUGCAGUGGAGUCUGGUGGAGCCGCAUGAAACACGGGAACAGCCCAGGACUGCGGAGCUGAUGAAUCGCUGGAGUAACGCGGCCUCAUUGGUGCGGAGUCUGCGCUUCUCUAUAGAGGGAAUCACUGGCGCUGUCCGCUCCCCGGUGCUGAAACCGAUCCAGCCGCGCCCCCUCCCUCCUUAUACUAAAGCCGCCGGAGCUGAAGGGAAGGAGCAGCGAUCGUGGGAUUAUUAUCGUGGGAUUAUUAUCGUGGGAUGAUUAUCGGAUACACGAUGGCAGCAGCGGGGCUACACGAAUUGUUUUUUCGGGGAGACAGUGAUCCGGCUCUCAGGCAGCAGUGAUGGGAACAUGUGUCUUUCUACACAAAAGCAUGUGAGAUAGAUCCGCGCUGCCUGGGGAGGGGUCGGGGAGCGAUUGUAUCUAAUGGCUCGUCUCCGGGGUCGCACGUUACACUCGCUCGUCCCAUUGUUAUUCCUGGGCCUGGUGUCGGGGCAGCUCAGAUAUUCAGUCAGGGAGGGGGUCGGACAUGGGGCGUUUGUGGGGAACCUGCUCAAGGACCUCGGCCUUUUACCCUCCAGGGGCUUCCGAAUCGCCUCCGGCAACAACAAACACUAUUUCGAUGUCAAUGUCGGUAACGGGGUUUUAUUUGUAAACCGGACGCUAGACCGUGAAACUCUGUGCGACCCCGACCCCCCCUGUGUCAUCAACCUGGAGGUGGUGGUGGGAAACCCCGUGGAGGUGCACAACGUCGAAGUAGAGAUUGUAGACAUUAACGACAACGCUCCCACAUUCCCUAGAAAUGAAUAUCAUUUGGAGAUCAGCGAGUCUGCAGUCCCUGGGGCCAGGUUUCCUAUAGAAAGUGCUCAGGAUCCAGACUUGGGGAGCAACUCCAUUCACACUUACAGGCUCACUGAUAAUGAAUAUCUGGGGUUGGAUUUAAAGACUUUCAACGGCAACAGCAAACUGAUUGAGAUCGUUCUUAAAAAGUCCUUAGACAGGGAGCAGAAAUCUCUCCAUCAGUUGCUCCUCACUGCUAUAGAUGGUGGAACCCCUCCGAAAUCUGCCACCGCCCAAAUAUCCGUACGUGUGAUGGACGCGAACGACAAUACCCCAUACUUUGAUAAAUCGACUUACAAGGCUAGUCUGCCUGAAAAUUCCCCGGCGGGCACUUUAGUCCUUAAGUUAAAUGCCAUCGAUCCAGACGAGGGGACAAACGGAGAGGUGGUCUAUUCACUCAGCAGCUACACUCCGCAGAAAGCCAAACAACUCUUCACUAUCGACCCCCUGAAUGGAGAGAUACGUAGCAAUGGAGCGUUGGAUUACGAAAAGGCAUCGGAAUAUGAAAUCUAUGUUCAAGCCGCUGACAAAGGCGCUGUCCCUAUGGCUGGCCAUUGCAAAGUGUUGCUGGAGAUCGUGGAUGUCAAUGACAACGCCCCAGAAAUAGUGGUCACCUCCAAUUACUCGCCUGUAGCCGAGAACGCUCACGAUCAGACCGCCGUUGCGCUAAUGAGCGUAACAGACCAAGAUUCUGGGAUGAACGGACAAGUCAGUCUCACGGUACAACCCGACGUCCCCUUUAAAGUGACAUCUUUUAAGAACACCUACAAACUGGUGACAGAUGGUAAACUGGACCGGGAGAAGGCGUCUUGCUACAAUAUAACAGUGACAGCCACGGAUUCAGGGAUUCCUCCUUUGUCUACUCGGAAAACUCUUUAUGUGGAAGUGUCCGAUGUCAAUGACCACCCCCCUACAUUUGAGGAAUCUUCUUAUUCUAUUUCUAUCAUGGAAAACAAUGCUCCGGGGGUGCCACUUAUUUCAGUGAAAGCCGCAGAUCCAGAUUCCAACGAAAACUCAUUUGUUUCCUAUUCACUUCUAAGAGGUGAUAUCGAAGGGCUACCGGUCAGUUCUUACGUCUCGAUCAAAUCAGACAACGGGACUAUCUACGCGGUACAUUCCUUUGACUAUGAAAAAGUGAGGGAAUUCCAUUUUGUCGUUCAAGCGCAAGAUGCGGGGAACCCGCCCCUCAGCAGCUCUGCAACGGUAAAUGUUUUUGUUGUCGAUCAAAACGAUCAUGCCCCUACCAUCUUGUACCCCAACCGUUCUGCGUCCAUUGAGAUGAUCCCUCGAGCGGCUGACCUUGGUUAUCUUGUCGCCAAAGUGAUCGCCGUUGAUGUGGACUCGGGUCAAAACGCUUGGUUGUUUUACAACUUGUCUCAAGCUUCAGACCCGACCCUGUUCCAAGUGGAGUUACACACAGGAGACGUAAGGACUACAAGGAAAGUUGCAGAUGACAGUGUUACUAACUACAAUAUAACGGUUCUUGUACAAGACAAUGGCCAACCACCCCUUUCUUCCUCUGCUACUAUCAGUGUUGUGGUUGUAGACAAGGUUCCAAAAACCCUCCCUAGCACUCAGAGAUUUGUUCAGAAUCCCUCCAACCUCUCUGAGACAACCAUUUACUUGAUCAUUGCCUUGUGCUCAAUUUCAUUUAUAUUCCUUUUGACUGUCACUGUUCUAAUUAUUAUCAAAUGCUACAAAUGCAGUGAGCCUGGGGGCUGUUGCGCUGGGGCCUGUGGCUACACACAGCCAAACCCUGCUGACAUAUAUAAACAGGCCAACAAUAACACGGAAACUAGAUUGCCGCCUGGUUUACAGGUACAGCCACAUUUUAUUGAAGUUAGAGGGAAUGGAUCCCUUACAAAAACUUACUGCUACAAGGCCUGCAUGACAGCCGGGGCGGGAAGUGACACUUUUAUGUUCUAUAACACCGGAGCUGGUCCCAUUGUGCCUGCCACUCACGCUGUGGUUGCAGACAGACAUGUGACAGCACAAAAUCGACACAGCCUGAUCAUUUUGAAAAGUGAAACCACGACACCAGUUGAGCCCAAACACCCUCAUCCAGACUGGCGUUACUCUGCUUCACUCAGAGCUGCAAUGCAGGGCGCUGUGCACAUGGAAGGAGCAGCAAUUUUACGCAGUGGGCCCGGAGGUCUUGAGCAGCAAUGGCCAACAGUGUCCAGUGCAACAUCAGAACCUCAAGGAGGAGAAGUAUCUCCCCCUGUUGGAGCUGGCGUAAACUGCAACAGUUGGUCCUUCAAGUAUGGCCCGGACAAUGCCAAACAACCUGUGCCACAAAUCCCCCCUGAUUUCCCGGAGAAUUUCAUCAUCCCUGGAUCACCAGCCAUUAUCUCAAUCCGUCAGGACCAGCCAUCUGCCCAAGGCCAAAAAAGCAACUUCAUAACAUUUGGCAAGAAAGAGGAAACCAAGAAGAAGAAGAGAAAGAAGAAGGGGAACAAGAAUCAAGAAAAAGCAAAUAAUGCCGCUGGCAACAACAAUCAAUGAAAGGAUAAUGAAGCCAAUAAUUUACCUUUUUUUUUGUAAGAAAUAAUGUAGCAACUUCUAAAUUCUUCCUACUGUUGAUGCACUUCCUGUAAACAAAGACUUCAACAUUCAAGCCUAAAAACUGUUACCGUCUGUCUAUAUUAUUUACCAGAUUAUGUCUUAAAGCUUUAUUCUGUCAAAUCUUAGUCAUAUCCAGCAGUUGUUUCUCGCAUCCAAAGAACACAGUUGCAGUUCUGUGCAUAUGAAACAGUAAGUGACUGUUAAGGCCAAUGUCUAUGUAAAUAGAAUAAUACAGAGUAACAAGUUAUAUUCAGGCAUCCAUGAUAGGUAGAAAAUACAUACAGACAAUGCUGUAUUCAGUAGUAAGAAAAUGUGCAGAAAUUAGGUAAACCAGAGGAAAUAGAAAACCAAGGAACAACACGUGAAGGGGCUGAUUCACUAAGGGUCGAAUAUCGAGGGUUAAUUAACCCUCGAUAUUCGACUGGGAAUUGAAAUCCUUCGACUUCGAAUAUCGCAGAUAUU